AUGGCGUCCUUCGCACCCCGGCAGAACCCCAGCCCUCCGGUCGUGCCCGGGGCGCCCUUUGCCGCCAAGUUCACCACAAUGCCGUCGGCUUCAUCAACGACCAGGCAGAGGGCGUCCCCUCGAAUCUGGGCCUCGCCGCCACCGUGGCUACCCCCCGGUGCUGCCCCGCCGGGGGACGAGACCACCACCGCCACACGCGGGCUCGGCAACCGCCCGCCGACGCCGAACUCGGCCUCUUCCUCGGAGCCCUUCUUCGACGACAACAGGACCCCGGGCCAGGUCGCCGUCGCCGUCAUCACCGUCGUCGUCCUCGCCUUGGUCAUGGCCCCUUGCAUCGCCGCUUACUACAGCGGCCGCUACGGCUCCUGCCGCCGCCGCCGCCGCCGCCGCCGCCGCCGCUGCCAGACCACUACCGCCACCCCGCUGGUCGCGCGGGGGAUCCCGUCCCGCCGCACAGCCGUCCCAACCCCGCGCGAGGUCCCGCGAGCCCACCGGGGGACGGGCAGUUCCUGGGAGGAUCCGGAAGCGCGGGCGCUCGUGCAGGACCAGCUCGAGGCCCACUACCGCAGCCUGCGCGCCGAGGGGCUGAACGAGCUGGGCGAGCCGCCGCCGCCGUACAAGGCGGACGAGGCGCCGCCAAGGCAUCACGAUCACCACCGCGACCCGCCCACUCUCGGACCCCAAAACGGGACGCCGGCAACGACAACGGCGGCAGCGGCAGCGGCAGCGGUUCCCCCAGGCUACCGGGGGCCGCUGCGAGAGCGGGACGGAGGGCGGCGUGCCGAGUCCGCGACGCCUCCGACGGGCGGCGUGGCAGCCUCGGAACCUGAGCCUCUCGAUGAAGGCAGUGGGAACAUCGAGCUCCGGACCCUGCCCUCCCAGUCCCCGACCUGGCCUCAAACAAGCCCCCGGCGGUCAUCCCCGAGCACCCCGGUCGAAGGGCCCUUGCCGCGCGCCACGAGCCGCGCGCCAUCGCCGUCACCUUCACCGUCACCAUCAUCACCAUCACCGCUAGCGCUAGCGCUAGUACAACCGGCACCGUCUUCCCCGCCGCCCACCCCUCAAGCGGCAGAGCAGGCCGACAUAGUGGCCGAGCCGGAAAAGGGCCGAACGAAGCCGGCCGCAUAA